CUCUCUUUUCUCACCUUGCCUUGGGAUCCUGCGAUUUCUCUACUCUUGUCUCUACCCUUGUCUGUCUCUGGCUUUCUGGUUUUUGUCACUUUCUCUCCCACUGGCCCCUCUGUCACCUUUCCCACUUUUGCUUCUCACACUGGUCUGGUGGCUUCCUGUCUCUGUGCUGCCCUCUUCCUCCCUGCUCAGGUACAACCACUUUGACAAGGACCCAACCCAACAACAAGGAGGGCCAGCAGGACAUGGACUCCUGGAGAGCUUCCCGUAGCAACUUGGACAGCUCCAAAUCCAGUCACCAUUCAGGGCUCUCUCAGAGUCCUCAAUGCAGCCCCCUGGGCCAGAGCCACUUGGAGAUGCCACCUCCGCCACCGACUCCUGCCAGCAGGACUUCUCUGGGCACGGGCUCACACUCUGAGGACCUGAAGAAGGGGUCAUCUAGAUCCAGCUUGAGAGAAGCCAGGGAGACCCCAGAGCACACAGUGUCUCUGAACCAGGACAGUGUUAUUCCUGAUAACAUCCGCCACAAGUUUGGGAGCAAGGUGGUGGACCAUCUGAUCUCCGAGGAACAGGCUCGAAAGGCCAUUGGUGAAAUCUUUGAGGGCCAGAAGAGAUCAAGCUCAUGGCCAAGCAGGACCCAGAGCCCUGCACAAAUCUCCUCCAUCUUCGCAGACUACUAUGACCUGGGCUACCACAUGCGGUCCAACUUGUUUCAAGGCCCGCCCCAGGAGACAAAGAGCCUCAUGAAGGCUUCCUACACGCCAGAGGUGAUUGAGAAAGCUGUGAGGGAUGUAGAGCAUUGGCAUGGCAGGAAGACGGAUGAGCUGGGACGGUGGCACCGGAAAAAUGCUAUGGAUAUGAACUUGCAGAAAGCACUGGAAGAGAAAUAUGGAGAAAAGAGCAAAUCCAGGGGCAAGUAGUUAAAAGGGCAUUGGAAGGAAGCUGGAGGAGAGUGAUGCCAAUAAAGAAAGAAAG